CACUCGUCUUUUUCCCGAAAUAGGAGCAGCAGGGUGACAGCGAGGGUCCUCUUUUCCACAACAUAUGGCCUCUCUUUAUGUUUCUGUAUUUUAUUUGAUCAUUCUGUUCACUUGAAGGAUUUAGAAAUAUGGCAUCCUUUUUGUCGCUCAUCCCUGCUUUCACGUUAUCGGUUGUGAUAUUUUGUGGAGCGGUAGUCGCACGGGGUGACGUGCUAGAGCUAGGGGACGCGGAUUUCGAUUACCUGGCAGCGGAGCACGAGACGAUGUUAGUGAAAUUCUACGCUCCAUGGUGUGGACAUUGUAAGAAACUAGCCCCAGAUUUUGAGACCGCGGCCAGUCGACUGAAAGGAACAGUGCCACUUGCUAAGGUGGAUUGCACAGCGAGCCCAGACACAUGCGGGCGUUUCGGAGUCACAGGAUACCCCACGCUCAAGAUCUUCAGAAACGGAGAAGACUCCUCGUCCUAUGACGGACCACGCUCAGCAGAUGGGAUUGUCCACUACAUGAAGAAGCAGGCUGGACCCAACUCGGUUACCCUGCGCAGCGAGGCAGACGUCGAGGCCUUUGUCAACCACUUUGACGCCAGUGUAGUGGGUUUCUUCUCUGGGCCUGACAGUGCUCAGCUGGCAGAGUUUCUGAAGGCGGCCGGCGCCAUGAGGGACCAUUUCCGCUUUGCCCACACCAUCAACAUGACCCUGGGCCUCAAACACGGGGUGGACACUGAGAGUGUUCUGCUGUUCAGGCCCCCAAGGCUGAGCGGUAAGUUUGAGGAGAGCGUGCUGCGCUUUACUGAGACCAUCACCACCCACACACUGCGCCGCUUCAUCAGAGACAACAUUUUCGGAAUGUGCCCCCAUCUGACCAAUGAGAACAGAGAUAAGCUGAAGGGGCAGGACUUGUUGACUGCGUACUAUGAUUUGGACUACCUUCGGAACCCCAAAGGCUCCAACUAUUGGCGGAACAGGGUGAUGAAGGUGGGUUAUCAGUUUGCGUCCCAGGGCCUGAGUUUUGCAGUGGCCAAUCGCAGGGACUUUGUGGACGAGCUGGAGGAGGAGUUUGGUCUGGGUGCGUCGGACGGAGGAGAUCUGCCCUUCGUAACCAUCAGAACACGACAGGGCUUCAAGUACACCAUGAGGGAGGAGUUCACGAGAGAUGGGAAGUCCCUGGAAAGAUUCCUGGAGGAUUACUUUGCUGGACGGCUAAAACGUUACAUCAAGUCGGAGCCCAUCCCUGAGAAAAACAAGGGUCCUGUCAAGGUAGUGGUAGCAGAGUCAUUUGAGGAGAUUGUGAAUGACCCUGAGAAGGACGUGCUGAUUGAGUUCUAUGCCCCCUGGUGUGGUCACUGUAAGAGCCUGGAGCCCAAGUACAAGGAGUUGGCAGAACAGCUCUACUCUGACCCUAAUAUUGUCAUUGCCAAGAUGGACGCCACAGCCAAUGAUGUUCCACAAGGCUUUGAUGUGCAAGGGUUUCCCACCAUCUACUUUGCUCGGGCAGACAAGAAGGACCAGCCCAAACGAUAUGAGGGAGCCCGUGAAGUGAAGGACUUCAUCAAGUACUUGAAGAGAGAAGCCUCGCACAUCCCCGUUGUCAGCGGCGUGAGAGAAGACUUGUGAACAGAAGUUAGGCGAUGGCAGGGGUGUAUGAUGGGAAAUGUAGCUUGAGACCCCUGGAAUUGCGGUUGUGGAUACACUGUUCCUGAAGAGUCAUAACUUCUGCUGAGAUUCUUUAUUUCUGAUAAAAUAACACUCCAAAAACUCUACCCACAAAGUUUUUUUCCCUUGAAACAACAGAUUUGAAUGAAAUCCAAGUUCCACGAUUGACUCUCCAGGAACAGAGCCCCUUGUAAUUGAUCAGGAGGAGGAAUAGCAUUUCUACAGAAGAAGAGAAACAAUGAGUGAGGACUGCCAGCUUCUAAUGUCAAGUGACCUGGAAGAGAGAUGAGGCUGAUUGUCUUGGCAUAAGACUGAACCAAACCUUCCCAAUUUACAUUCAUAUAAAGGCAAAAUCAAAAUGUACAUCAACAGCAUGAACUCACCAAGGAUCAGUUUGUUGCAGGUUUGUCAUGCAUCAAAUACCGUGAGAUUAAUAUAUGCUGUAUAAUGAUACUGUAAUAACACCUAUUUGUUUCUACGGUAUAUAGAUCUUGACUUACCAUCUCUCCUCUAUCUCAGAACCAUCUGUCUUCCUCACCAUAAUAAGCCAUACCAUCCAUUCCACCAAUGAUGCUUGCUUGUGUAAAAUACUCUGAAAUGGCUCCAUAUUUCCUAGUUCUAAAAAAAAGUUCAGAUGGGUAUAAAUACCUGCUGGUCUUUUUGUAUGUGCGCUUGAGCUACUGAGUUGGUGUCAUUCCAGACAGCACCAACAACCAACCAACCACUCCUGAUCUAUCUGCCUCCUGACUGCAUACAAAAUUAUAUGCCAUUUUGCCAGGAAUUUUUAGAGCAACUAACUUCUGAAAGGCCUGUACGAUGUUUGGAUGUGGCCAUGAAGGACGUGUGUGUGGGUAGUCAUAUUUAUUGAAUAGAGUAUACAGUAAGCAACAUACUUUGUACAUAAUGUGUGAAAACAAAGGAUAUUUGCUAUCUUAA